ACAGGUAUGUGAUGGGUGGGGCCAGAUGAGGCACUGAGGAACGGAAGGAAGUAGGAUUUCAGACACUCGCCAUCUCCUUCCCCCAUCCCCCCGGGGGGAUAUGGGAAGCAACCUUGCUUCAGAACCGGGUUACAAAGGAGACAGGUUGGGGUCUAAACUGGUGGUGAAAACUCCCCGCAGCCACAGGUGCCACUCGGGGCGUCCCGGGAGAGUCAGCAGAGCAACAGCGGGAAUCGCUGCCGGCGGCCCUGAACCUCCCAGGGUUGCUUGACAGCUAGGGCUGUGACAGUGGAAUACCGGGCAAUGACUGGAUCCUGCUUCGACGACUUUGUACAGAGAUAGGCUGUUGCAGAAUUGCAGCAUUCUCUUUGCCGUGGGUCUUACACAUAAGCCAGAGCUGCUCAAUUUUGAAGCAGAACAGAGAGGCCUAGAAGGUGGAACGGAAAGACACAGAAGCAAAUAUACCAGAGUUCUAGUCUUUGUUCCUGAGAAAGAAAGUCAAAGAAGAGUGACAGAGAAAAAUGACUGCUUCUCCAGUAAAUGUGCUCCAGGGUCUGCUGACAUUCAGGGAUGUAACUGUGGACUUCUCUCAGGAGGAGUGGGAAUGCCUGGGUUCUGAUCAGAGGGCUUUAUACAUGGAUGUGAUAUUGGAGAAUUACAACAAUCUAGUCUUUGUAGAGAACCAUCGCAUAAGUGGAAAAAAUGAAAAAAUCCUCUACCAAGGCACAAAGCAUAUUGUCCAUCAGCAUGUGAAUAUCCAAGAGAAGUCCUAUAAAUGUAACAAGUUUGGCAAAAUGGUUCAUGAAUCCUCCCAGUGUAUACCUUAUGACACACGUGAUACUGCAGAAAACUUCAGUAAGUGCAGAUAUGGUAAACACAAAGAUGCUUCUGAUGAGUCAUCAACCAUAUACAGACAUAAAAGUGGGGACUCUAGAGAAGAACCUUGCAAGUUUAAAGACUGUGUAUACUGUUUAAAUUUGUUUCCCAUAAUCAGUCACAACCAAAGAAUCCAUUCAUACCUCAGUAUACAACAGAGAAAUCAUUCUGUAGAGAAACCCCACAAAUGUAAGGCUUGUAGCAAAUGCUUUUAUCAGUUGUAUCAGGUUAAAUACCAUUACAAAACCCAUAUUGGAGAGAGACCUUAUAAAUGCAGUGAAUGUCACAAAUGUUUUAGCCAACUCACACACCUAAAAAGCCAUCAAACAAUUCACACAGGGGAGAAACAUUACAAAUGUAAUGAAUGUGGCAAAAACUUUAGCCGACUGACGUACUUAAGAACCCAUCAGAGAAUUCAUACAGGAGAAAAACCUUACAAAUGUAGUGAAUGUGACAAACGCUUCAUUCAGAAAGCCCAACUUACAAUACAUCAGAGAAUUCACACAGGAGAAAAACCUUACAAAUGCAUUGAGUGUGAGAAAUCCUUUACAUGUUGCUCCGGCCUUAGAAAACAUCAGAGAAUUCAUACAGGAGAAAAACCUUACACAUGUAGUGAAUGUAAGAAAUCUUUUACCAGUGGCUCAGAUCUUAGAAGACAUCAGAAAAUUCAUACUGGAGAGAAGCCUUACAAAUGCAGUGAAUGUGACAAAUGCUUUAUUCAGAAAGUCCAACUUAGAAUACAUCGUAGAAUUCAUACAGGAGAGGAACCUUACAAAUGCAGUACAUGUGUUAAAGUCUUUACCCACCUCUCAGGUCUAAGAAAACAUCAGAAAAUUCAUAGUACUGAACGAAAGUUUCCAUUAGUAAAAAAUGUAGCAUAUGCUUUGUCCAAGUUCUGCCCUUAAAAACUAUUGCAUACUCCACACUAGAAAAUCAUAAUGAGCAUGAGCAAUUUCUGAAAUCCUCUUAAGUAAUGUUCAAAUCUUAGAAAACAUCAAGAAUUUACAUUGAGGAAAAAUGAUUAAAAUGUGGCAAUGUAUGAAAUACAUUAUUAAAACAUUCUACUUUUUCAACCUCAAACACUUCAUAAUGAAGAAAAUAUGGAAAGGCCUGAAGAAUGUGCUGUUUGUGCAGCUGGUUCCUGGAGACUGAAAUGUUCUGUCCUGAAGAGAAGCUGAUAAAGGCAGGAAAUAUAAUUCCCAAAUGGCUUCAUGAAGUCUGUGAAACUGACAGGGUUCACUCUACUCAACUCCCAUAAAAAAAAAAAAAAAAAAAAAAAAAACUAGAUUACAAACCAAACCACCAAAUAGGAUGCCUUUUAACCAGUAGAUAUGCCACCAGUUGUACAGUAUGCUUCAGGUGUCCACUGCUUAUAAAUUGUUUUCCACGCUGGUUAGAGUUUCCUGAUAGCAACUGUCUUUGAUUCCAUUCUGCUGCAUAAGCACCUCUUUCCCCAUAUUUCUGUAAAUAGCCCCAACAAAGGUCAUUGGGUCAACACGAUAGACUUAGGUGGCAUGCAUACUUUGUUGUCAGUUCUCAAUCCCAGAAAAGUCUCCUAUACAUGUCCUAUGCCUGUUCUUUGUUCAAUCAUGUUCACCAGAAAAUUAAUAUUAAAGAGAAAGCAUUUGAUCAACUAAAGUAGGGAAAGUAUGUGCUUACUUCUCCAGGCUUACUGCCACAGUAAUAUUUGGUCUUGUUCAAAGGGCUCAACAUAGACAGAAUGUAGAAGCUUAGGAAAGCCAGAGUGGAAGCUACUCUCUUUCCUGCAAGAGAGUGUGAAAGAUCUAUCGAGGGAAAAAUGAAAAUACAGUAGCAAAACUAUCAGUGACAGACCAUGGUUCAAGUUUGGCUGUGUCUGUGCAUGGCUCUGAACUCAUGCUUUGCAACCAUGAUUCAGUAAAGGAGCAAUGACCUCAGUACAAAUACUGACUGCCAUCAUGCCUUACUUAAGUUCUGCUGUGCUGUGAAAAUUCUAUCCUACAAGCCCCAAGAAGUGAUUGAAUUUUGUUAAAUCUUUUAUUCAAUGCUUAUAUUGUAGACAUAGCAGAAAGACCAUGAAAUAAAACUCAGGAAAAUAUUAAUAAAGACAUAUAUUCAGCUUAA